AUGAAAUUUGACAUUUUAUUCAACAUCAAAAUAUGCUUGGUUCUCACUUUGGCCUUGAGAUCUUGCUCUGCACAGGGCCCUGCGGCUGCCAAGCACUGUCACUCAGAAUGGAUCCAAACGAAUGACCUCAAAAAUUGCAAUUGUGACGAAGGAAGCUCAACAACUUGCCAAGAGUGUGAUCUGGGAAACUGCAAUGGUAUCGCCCUCACCUCGACAAGCAAACUAAAGAAGCCCCAUUGCUAUGAAGGCUGUACCGAAGCUAAUUGGGGCUGCGAUUCAUGCUUCCUCUGGUUCAAGUCGGUGUGCAACAGCGUACAAAAGGGCAUACAAAGCGGCAAAUACAAACCGAGUCCUAGCGGGCUGUGGAUCAGAUUAAACGAGGAACUGCUGUCAACCACACAGCGGACACCCGGGAUCCUAGAGCUCACCUCUGAAGAGCCGUGGGACUGGGGACAGACACUUUACGACCGAGGAACACAGGCUUUGGUGAUCAAUUCAGUAAAAACACGAAAACAGGAGCAGAUCCACUUUCAUAUCUGUGAUGGGAAGCAGCAACCUGGGGACCCUAAGUUCAUUCUCGGUGCUUUGAACUAUGCAAAAUUUCAACAGAAACCCAUCAAGGUCCCAGGCCAUCCUAAUUGGCUGUGUCGAGUCGAGUCAGCCAAAGACACUCCCAUCAGUGGUGUCACGGCUGAUAUUAGGACGCAGACUGCGACCGGCGGUCCCUGCAGUAAAUUAGUCGGGGCUGCCGUCUUGGUGGACUCUCACGAUCGCACAUGGAUGUGUCUCACUACGGGAAUCGGGUCUACCCAGGGAAUCUUUUGCAAGUGA